AUCGACUGGGCGGCCUUUGCCGAGCGGGUGCCCGCCAACCAGAGAGCCAUGUUCAACGCUCUGAAGACCCGCAGCGACGGGCUGUCGGCCCGGUUGGCUGCCCUGCCAGAGAAACCCCCGGCCAUCGACUGGGCUUACUACAAGACUGCUGUUGCUAAAGCUGGCAUGGUGGAUGAGUUUCAGAAGAAGUUCAGUGCUCUAAAGGUUCCCGAGCCAGUGGAUACACAAACUGCCAAGAUUAAUGCCCAAGAGCAGGAAGCUGCAAAGAGCACUGCUGAGUACGUGCAGGCUUCCAAAGCCCGUAUUGCCCAGUAUGAGCAACAACUUCAGAAGCUGAGAAGCAUGAUUCCCUUUGAACAGAUGACAUUUGAAGACUUGCAUGAAGCCUUCCCUGAAACCAGACUGGACAAGGAGAAAUAUCCGUACUGGCCCCACAAACCGAUUGCUGAUCUGUAAACUUGUCUGGAAGCAGUUUGUCUAACGACUGGCAGACUCUAUGAGCUUUUAAAUAAAAUGCUUUCCCUCCUGUCUGUGG